UAUCAGCCACAUCCCAAUUUGGAUGGCUUCAUUUUUGGAAAGUUUGGUAGGUCGUCGGCGCGACAUAUAGAAGUGCUACUUAAAUAUGCACUGUUUCGAAUCGUUGCAAAUUUGAUUAGCGAAUAAACAUUGAUUUGAGAAGGCGAAGCGCAAACAAGAGAUUUCGAUAGAAGUGUUUGUGAAUUAAAUGGCUGCCAGAGGAAACAUUUGAAGACCUGAAUGGGCUGAUGUGUGCCAAUUCGUGCCACGACUGAUAACCGAACGGUCUCCGCUUAUCUUAUCAGCGCCAGCAGUGAACGUGAAGGAGUGCAAAAGUACAAUAAUUGCCAGUCUGCGUGAUGUGAUUAAUUUGUUAUUGUUUUGAAAGUUCGCCUUAGCGCGGAGCACAGCCUGUUGUACAACAAAACAGAAUCGUAAAAUGUUACAAAUAUUUCGAGACGAAAAUCUUUAAAAAUAGAACAUGAACUAAAUGCGGAAAUAAAGUGACCCCUUGUGAAAAGUUGAAACCCGUGAAAAAAUACCCCAAGUGAAUGAACAUAUACAGCUAGUGUUUGUACAUAUCCGCCGAGAUAUACAUAAAGAAGCAAAACAAGAACCGCAGCGUCGAGAAGUCGCGAAGAACGCUAAGUGGCGAGUCAGACCAACCUCAUCGGCUAGCCGCUGCCACACAAGCGUGCUUAGCACAUUUGUGUUGGAGGCUUGGAGGUGUUUAUUGACCAGAAGCAGCCAGUUGAUAUAAAUUACUUGAGUCACCAACGGUUAUCAGCGAAGUUCCUGCCACAAACUUGGAUAUGAGCGGUAUCGGAAACGCUCAGGGCACUAAUGUCGGUUUCUCCAUCAUUCCGGAGUUUUAUGAUCAGUCGAGCCUGAGCAACAGCAGCACCAUCAAGCUUGAGUCCGUAUCACCCAGCCCGUCCUCCAGUAGCACAUCCAUGAUGGACGCACUCAGCAACAAUCCGAUCCUGACGACGGCUUCCGUUCCCAUUCCGUCACGCCACGCAAACCAACGAAUGAUUACCGAUCCAACUGAUUACUUCAUCGAGAUCGACCAAUCCCAAUCGCCACACAUGCUACAGGACAUCAGCUUUAUAACUACGUCCAGCAAUUCUAAUAUGUGUGCUUCCACUCCCGUGGAUACGAUUUUCACUUUGCAGAAUAUUACCGACGGAGGCCUCGUCACAGAAGGCAUCCAAAUCGGCACAAUAAAUAUCAACGGGUUCGGAAAUACUGAAAUAUGGAAUACCGAUUCAUUUGGACAAAUUAUUUCGCCCUCUUCGACGAUUUCUUCCGCCACGAAUGCAGUCGGUCAGCAGGGUCAUUUUCACAUGGACGAAGACGAUAUCUAUCAGCUGGAUAAAGAUGAGCUAAUUGGUGAUGCAACGCUAAGCGAUAUCUUCGCACACGAUCUGCUGCAAGAGCAUGAAGACCUAAUGCUGUUGAACCCUCCUCUGAGCCAGCCUUCGCCGAACCUCAGUGCUGACAGCGGCAGUGGCAGCGCAAUUCAUCUCUCACCCAGCCUACCGCAGCAGAUUCUUCGUUCUAAUCCAAUCUCAACUACCAACAACAACUUGAUAUUGACGAUCGGAUCCAAUAUGCAGCAGACAAAUGACCUACACGUUCCAAAUAUGUGCGAUCUGUAUGACGAUCAAUCUCGAAUUUCCACCUCUCCUUUUGCAACCACCACUAAUAUCAGCUCACCUGCAACUUUCUCUCCUGGUAGCCAUAGCUCCAGUCCAUCGCUAGGAUAUUCACAAGCACAAACCCCUCCAUCACAGAACAGGAUCCAUCAGCAGCUACAAAUGAAUGCCAUGAAUAACAAUAAUCGCUUAAUGAAGAUGGAUGCCGCGGAGAAGACCAAUAAUCAAAAUAUAACGAACAACAACUUCAAUCGGAAUGCUGGAAACGUGGGACAGGUGCAGUAUAAUCCAAAGUACUCGACAUUGCAGCAGCUAUUGAUGAGUAAUACGGCGGAGAGGAGCGGUAUGAUGCUCGGUCAGUCGGUGCCCGGAAGCUCUACCGCAUUGCUGAGCGGUGCUUCGCUCAGCCCAGGAGGCUUCAGUGGACGACGGAUGAUGCACAAUAUGCAAGCCCAGGCCGGUUCUAGUCAUUCGGGUAUUGGUGGCGCAGGCAGUGGUGGUGGCACAAGCGGCGGUACUAUGUCGCGAUUGUCCUCAUCGGCACCGACCCACAUGGGAAUGGACGUUAUGAUGUGGCAACGUCGGGAGCCGAGGCCUCAUUUGUUGUCCACGGGCAGCUUGGCGGAAGCUGGUUCGACCUCAUCGCUCAGCACCGGUAGCGUUCUCAGUCCAGAGGCACCUGAUUUUUCGCACGAUGAGGGAUAUUCGGACGAUAGCGACCAUUACGAGGAUUUUUCCAGCGGCGAUGAAGGCUCCGAUACGGAGGAUGUUACCCAGGCAUCCGGGAGCACCCCUGGCAGCUCCAAAGCAAAGCGAUACUUCUGGCAGUACAACGUGCAAGCCAAGGGCCCGAAGGGUCAGCGGCUGGUCAUCAAGACGCACACCGAGGAUCCGCACUUCCUGAACGAGGUCACCGAUCCGGUCUUCAGCCCCAAUUGCUCUGUACGCGGCAUAAAGAACCUUCGUUUACAGCACAGUGGCAAGGCACGCAAGGGCGACGGCAACGAUUUGACCCCCAAUCCGAAAAAGUUGCACAGUAUCGGUAAGGAGUUGGACAAGCUGGGCCGGGUGAUCAACGACAUGACUCCGGUCAGUGAGCUUCCAUUCAACGCGCGUCCGAAAACCAGGAAGGAGAAGAACAAAUUGGCUUCAAGGGCUUGUCGCUUGAAGAAGAAGGCACAGCACGAGGCAAACAAGAUCAAGUUGUACGGAUUGGAAACGGAACAUAAACGUUUAAUGAAUGGUAUCAAGCAGAUGAAGCAUAAACUUGUGACCAAAUGCAGUCAGGUGCCAACUGAGUCAACGGAGGAACAGAAGCAAAAGAUGGAAACUUUAGUCAGUUCGGCAACAAAAUUAAAAAUUGCCGGAAAUUCUACGGAGUUUGUGAACAAAAUCUUGGAUAUUAUUAAAGCUGGACAUAGCGUCAAUAUCGACAAAGUGCUGGAGGAGUUCUAAAUUCGCCUUAGAGGGUAUUGACGGAAGACGAAAUGAAACGAUUUGAAUAAUGAGACUGUAAGAUAAUAUUAGAUGUUAAGGCAAGAGACCAUUUAUAAACUUGUAAUCACUAGCGUAGAAGCAUCGCAGAGAACAUUUGCAUCUAUAUUUAUGAAUACUUCCCUCUUUUUGUAUGACGCAAAAAGGAGCACAACAUAGCCACUCGUCGGGACAUCUGUCCACGUAAAAUGAUUGAAGUGGCUUAUAUCAGGGAACGAAAUUAUUGUUCUGUGACGAUCCAACGUGACCCGAAGAGUCAGUGUAACUGGCUGAUUGAUUGUGGUGAUAUCUGGUAGCGGUUCAACCGGGUGAUAGAUUCAAGAAAUUGUGGUAAAUUUGAGCUCAGGACUAUUUUGCACAUAAGGUGAAAAGACAUGCAAACAGUGCUCCUUACAUUUUGCUGAGAUUAGAUGCUCGAAAAAAAUUAAAUUUAACGUUGUGUAACAAUGUAAUAACCUACUGUAUUGAACGAAUGGUGAAUCGCUGCGUUGUAGAUUUGAACCGCGAAAGGUUUGAAUUCAACCAAAUUCCAAUAUGGAAUCAAGAUUGAUUGAUAAACUGCUGAUGGUAACAUAUGUACCUUAUAUAUUCAUAUUAUGAAGUAUGGUUAAAUAUCAAGUUUGCAUAAUUAUAACAGUAAGAAGAUUUAUUUUAACCAAGUCCGAGUGAUAAAUUUAAGCACAGUUGGUUCGAGUUUUAUACAGUUGGCAAAUCAUUACUACUAUUGAUAUUCACAUUUAGUUGAUCAAUUUGUUGAAAAAAAUAAGUCCAACACAACCAUAUUUUUGAACAUAUACAGUAGAUAAGUAGUUUUUAGAAAUUCAUUUACUUCAAAAAAGUGAAAAAAUGCGUUUUGUUCUGUAAAUUACAGAGAGCUAAUAUUAAAAGUGUACCAAUUAUGGCUUAACAAGAGUGUGGAAUGGCGAAGGACAGUUUUCACUUUUUUGGAAAAUGCGUUUUUGGCUAGGAGAAAGUUGUUUCGUUCGCAGUGAUGUCCGCCGGUUUCAGUGGUUUGCAUAAUCAAGUAGAAGAUGCAAACAUUUUCCGCAUAUUCGGCACAAAUAGUUUAUACCUUUCCGAAGUAGCGACAAACAGUUCCACCUUGCAUUUAUGAUGUCAUGCUGCUGAAACACUUUACUCACUUCCAAAAGCUGUAAACAUUUUUAUAACAGUCAUUUUGUUCAUGUUUCCAUUUCUUUUUUUUUCUUUAUAUACAACAUCUGUGAUUAUCUUUGUUAGUGGGUGUCUUUUUGUUUUCCCGUUUAUAGAAGUAAUUAGAAGUUAAGUUCAUGAAAUGUUUGCAUAAUGUUAAAUUAGGCUUACCGAAUCCAAAACCAAUUGGCACGAUUCAGACAGUACCAAUUAUUUGAAACAAAGUUACAUAGGUUGUUCCUCAAAUUGUAUCUGAUUCUCUGAACUUUCGACUUCCGAACCAUUGUUUAUUGCAGUUUAUGCUACGAUAUUGUGUUUAGUUCACUGAGCUGGCCUCUUACUAACAUAGGACCCGCAUUUCACUCUGUAUUUUGAUCCGAUUAAAUAUAUCUGUUAUCUAUUAUCCUCUCACUUUCACCUUUAAGUAAAGCCAAACGAGAUUGCAGCAGUGAAAACACAUGGCGCGUGGACUGAAUGGAACAGAGAACACUAAUCUUUUUUUAACGAAAUCCAUAUUAUAGGUACCUGCAUGCUGAAAACAAGUAACAAAGCAGAUUGAUUGUAGUGAUCUGUCGCUAGGAUUAGUGUACACUGGUAUAGGAAUCUGGUCGAAAAUACUACCUCAUAAUUGAAAAAGUAAUGAUAACGCGAUAAAAAGAAGGUACCAAAAGUAAUGUAAAACUUACUUACAAAGUAUAUAAACGAAAAAUAAAAAAGAAAACAAUAGUUUUGAUCAGGCUUGAGAACAUGUGAAUUCGUUCCGGUGAACAGAUUACGAGUAUAUGUAGAUGCCAUAAUGAAUGUGACGUUUUGAACGCACCAAACAAGACUUGACACUUUCUUAAACAGUUUUCCUUAGGGGAAACAUAUGCAGUUCGAACUAAAUUUUCAAACCAAUCACACCCAGCAGGUUUAACCUCUGAAGUAUCUGUGGACCUUAACACUUACAAUUAAUAUCAUGUCUCCAAUCGAGCGUCCAAGCAUUGGCGACACUUAACCUUUGCUGUCGCCAUAUUUUCGCGCAUAGUUCAUAUUUUCCGUAAUGAAUGAUUCUAUAUUUCAUACAAAAAAAAACGAAAUCUGUAAUAGCUGUGCUUAUGUUAUUUAAGAUCCAACAAAUAUUUGAAAUAAACAGUGGAAAACCUGACACAA